AAGAGAGCCAAAAACAAAAACAAAAACACGCUAAUAUAUAGUAUAAUAUGGGUUAUAUUACUCAUACACGCCUUUGCCUUUCUAUCUUCGGAUCUCUCUCUCUCUCUCACUCACUCUCUCAAACCCCAAACCCCGAUUCUAUAAUUCUCACCCUAAAAACCUAAACACGACGUCGUUUUCACAUUCUCUCUGCGAACUCCGCCAUUCCCUCUCUCUCUUUUGAAUCAGAUUCGCAGCUUUGACUCUCUGUGUGUGUGUGGGGAAAUCUCCAGUUAAACAGUGUUAGUUGCACCAUCUUUAUGGGGAAAUAUUCUUGGCGUGCUCCAGUUUUUCGUUUGAAAAGCUUGUAGUGUUUGAGGCUUGGCAUUUGGCAAGCAAGGAGUUAUUUUUAUUGAAGGGCUUUUGUAGGAAUUGUAGUCCGGACACAAUGCUCAACAGGGAGCAUCUCUUGACGUAUAUUUACCUUCUAGUCUACAUAUUGCUUUCAUCUGGGGUUAUUUUGUACAACAAAUGGGUUCUCUCGACAAAGUACUUCAAUUUUCCAUAUCCUAUAACCCUCACUAUGAUUCAUAUGGGAUUUUCUGGUGUGGUUGCAUUCUUUCUCAUCCGUGUUUUCAAGGUUGUUUCUCCUAUUAAAAUGACAUUCCAAAUAUAUGCUACAUGUGUCAUUCCUAUAAGCGCCUUCUUUGCGUCUAGUUUAUGGUUUGGCAAUACUGCUUAUCUGUACAUUUCUGUGGCCUUCAUCCAGAUGCUUAAAUCCCUGAUGCCAGUGGCGACAUUCCUCACAGCGGUUGUUUGUGGCACUGACAAAUUAAGGUGUGAUGUGUUCUUGAACAUGGUGCUCGUCAGUGUUGGAGUUGUCAUUUCCUCAUAUGGGGAAAUUCACUUUAAUGUUCUGGGUACGGGUUAUCAGGUCAUGGGAAUGUUUGGUGAAGCUCUCAGGCUGGUCUUAACGCAAGUUCUUCUUCAGAAGAAGGGCUUAACUUUAAAUCCUAUCACCAGCUUAUAUUACAUAGCUCCAUGCAGCUUUGUCUUCUUGUUUAUUCCUUGGUAUUUUCUAGAGAAGCCUGUAAUGGAAGUUUCCCAGAUUCAGUUCAAUUUCUGGAUAUUCUUCUCAAAUGCACUUUGUGCUCUAGCUUUGAACUUCUCAAUUUUCUUAGUAAUUGGUAGAACUGGAGCUGUAACUAUCCGUGUUGCUGGAGUUUUGAAAGACUGGAUUCUCAUUGCCCUUUCAACUGUUCUAUUUCCUGAGUCUGUGAUCACUGGGCUCAACAUAAUUGGUUAUGCAAUAGCUCUCUGUGGUGUUGUCAUGUAUAACUACUUGAAGGUCAGGGAUGCUCGUGCAUCUCAACUUCUUAUCGAAAAUCUCCCAGAAAGAGUGGAGUUGAAGACGUUGAAGGCAUCUGAUCUGUAUGACCCCAAUGACAAUGUACACAACAUUAGUGGUGGAAGGAAUGUAUGAAUAAUUUUGUUCCUGAUUCAAAUGUGGAUGAAGUAGCUGGUUUAAUUUCUUCCUCGAGUAUGUCUCAUCUCUCAUCUUGUGAGAAGCCAGCUUUGUAGUAAUACAGCUUAGAAUCUGAGAAUGAAUUGCAAAAGUAGCCAGUCAAGGUAUAAAUCCUUCUUUUCUUAUUGUGGAAAUAUAUAUAUAUUUCUUUCCACGGGGCAUCUUUAUAUAUAUGAAUAUGACUAUAAAUUGAUUCACCGUUAAGACUUUGAGCAAGCAGUCAGGUUUAGUUUCAUCCAAAAUUUUCAUUGGAAGUGCCAUUCCUUAGCAGAAAAUUAUAGAAUAUACUGAGAGUACAAUAAAUGUUGAACAAUACUCAGGGCCAUAUUGUCCUUAGGCUUGUAACUUCGAAUGUUGUUAAAACUAUGAGGAAAAAGUUUACCUCUAAAUCACUAUGUGGCAAUUGAUAAAAUCAUACUUUUUAGUCA